UCCCACGUCCCCCAUCGCUCUAGGUUCCAUCGAACGGAGGGCGGAGAUUUCAUCACCCACCCUCUGCUCUUCUUCGUUCUUUCCGCCAUCUUCUGCUUUCUUAACUCCCUCCUUCCUAAUCUCUUCUUUCGAUCUCACUUUGUUCUCGAGAGCUAGGGUUUUCGGCUCUCUCCGUUCCAUUCCCUUUGGGCUGCCCCUCUUCUUCAAUCUCAGAGCUCCAGUGCUAUGGCGUCAAUCUCUGUUCCCUGCCCAAAGUGCUUUGUGGUCUCUUUGCAUGCCGCGUUGGGUCGGAAUCCGCAGCAACUGCCCAUCCCAGUGGUCUCGCCUUCGAAGCCCGGGAAUCCUCUGGUCGCAGGAUCCGCCCGGUUUCCGUUGCUAAAGGGUUCUUGGAGUCACUCCCACAUUUUAAAGGCCCAGGUUCAGGAGGUUGCUGUUGAUGUUUCUUCAAGAUCUUCCGCAAUGACAUCAACCAAGUCAGGAAAUUUAUCAUCAAAAGAUAAAGAAGCUGAUGCUCUGAAGGAAUCUGCUAGCCAAACUGCAGCACCAGAUUCCAUGAUAUCUGCAUGUAUUGCUGAAGCUUCCAAUCUUGUUAAGUUAGUGGAUUCAAAAGAUAUAACAGAGUUGCAGCUAAAACGGAAGGAUUUUGAACUUAUAAUAAGGAAAAAAGCAGCUCUGCCACAGCCAGCUCCUGUUGCUCCUCCUGUGAUGAUGCAACCUCCACUAGCUGUGCUUCCACCUCAGUCUCUGGUUUCCCAUGCCACUCCACCUCCCACAGCUGCAAGUCCACCUCCAGCAGCCCUAGCACCAGCUCUUCCUCCUGCAACAAAGGGAGGGAGCAUCUCAUCUCUUGCUCCUCUCAAAUGCCCGAUGGCUGGAACAUUUUACCGAUGCCCAGCACCUGGGGAACCACCAUUCGUGAAGGUUGGAGACAAGGUGCAAAAAGGCCAGGUUGUUUGCAUCAUUGAGGCUAUGAAAUUGAUGAAUGAGAUUGAGGCUGAUCAAUCAGGGACUGUAGUUGAGAUACUCGCAGAAGAUGGAAAAGCAGUUAGUGUUGACACGCCCUUACUCAUAAUUCAACCCUGAAGGAUGAAAUAUCAGUUUUGAAUGCAGCUCAGGAGAAUUUACUCACCAAAUUAUCUUUCAUACUUGUCUAAUUUAUCAUCUGUCUUCUAUAGGUGGCAAGCAUUUAUUUCAUCUAGAAAAUAAGUUAUUGUGAUGGGCAAAGGAAGAUGGCGCAAGUUGCAGGGAUUUGUUACUUUUGGCCCGUGGCACCCUGCUACUGUAUUGCGAUUUUCAGGGACUUCCUCUCUCUUGGAUAGAGUUCUUUCUUGGAACUUAGAAGACUGGAGAUUGUUGUAAUUCUGGUUUUUUCCCCAUCUUAGAUUAGAGAUGACGCUUUAAUUAGAACAUACAUUUCAGUUCAUGAAAUCAAGUGCUAAGCUAUGAAUUUCAUCAAUAGAAGUGUUGAAUUACGAAGUGAAUAAGCAGGAUAGUGAUGUUCAAUAUAUAUGAUUGUGCAAUGUGUUUUUUAAAAAUCCAAAUACAAAUGAGCAGUUUA